UUGUCGAUUCAACUGUUCACCCUGAUACCGGUGAACCAAUAUUUUUACCAUUUCGAAUGUCUUGCUUUGUACCGACUAAUCUUGUUAUAGCCGCCGGUAUGUUGAUACCAAAAAAUCCUAGUAUGAAAAGCAUUAUAUUUUGGCAAUGGGCUAAUCAAAGUGUUAACGUUGCCAUAAAUUAUAGUAAUGCUAAUAAAACUACUAUGAUGAGCAUGAAGGAAACUGCUAUCGCUUAUGCUUCAGCUGUGACUACAUCAUGUGGAAUAGCUGUUGGCUUAACACAAGCUAUACCACGUCUAAAAUUUUUAUCUUCUUCAACUCGUGGAAUUUUAGCUAGGUUGAUACCUUUUGUGGCUGUCACAAGUGCUGGAACUGUUAAUGUUUAUUUAAUGCGAUUAAAAGAGAUUAGAGGUGGGAUUGAUGUUUAUGAUACUGAUGGGAAUAGUUUGGGUAAAUCGCAAAAAGCUGGUGCAAGCGCCGUUGGACAGGUUGCAAUCUCUCGCAUACUCACCAGUAUUCCAGUAUUAACAGUUCCACCGCUUGUAAUCUCACAACUUGAAAAGACAAAAUUAUUAAUAAGUAACCCUAGGCUUGCUACUCCCAUUAACCUUGGCCUCAUAACGUUGUCGUUAACGGGCGCUUUGCCAUUAGCAAUCGCAGCUUUUCCACAAAAAGCUAUUAUAGAUCCAUUAAAGUUGGAAGAGAAAUUUUGGAAUUUAAAGGAUAAAAAUGGUGAAAUUAUAAGAAAAGAUGUAGAAAUUGGUGUUUAUAAACAAUAUAAUAUUAGAAAUAUCUUUGGAUUUGAUUAA